AUGUCGAGCGCAGUAGAUGUCGCGGAGGAAGAAGAGAGCGAGGAGGAAGAAGUGAAGAUGUUGCUGCCAGUCCGCCACGGCCGCCAGCCAGCGCCCGAUAAGAGAAGCACAGUUUGUACCGGUCAAACGGGCGUCUUUGAGCUCAUGGACCAUGUUAAUGAUGCUGAUACAAUGGUCGAUGACUACGAACAGUUCGAUAGCAAUGACCGGACAGACGUGGUCGUCGUGUCGCCCGCCGGCUCGACCUCGAACGAUGUAGACAUGGAGAAGCCGCUCGCCAACGACUAUGAGGCGAUGAUGGCGAAGGUCCUUCCCGCGGACCCAGACCUGGAAACCGAAGCUGAGACCCAUCACACAUGGCAUAUCAAGAACUGGUCGAAGCUACCGCGGAGAGAACAUGGACCGAAGUUUGAAUGUGCUGGUGCUCCCUGGAGAAUACUAUUCUUCCCGUUCGGCAACCAGGUAGAGCAUGCCUCGUUUUACCUCGAACACGGCUGGGAGGAUAAUGCGCCAGAAGACUGGUAUGCUUGCGUACAGUUUUCUCUGGUUCUAUGGAACCCAAACCACCCAGAUAUAUACAUCGCGAACAGAGCGUCUCACCGGUUUAAUGCCGACGAGUCAGAUUGGGGCUUCACCCGAUUCUGUGAGUUACGAAGGUUGUUCCAGAUGGCCCAUGAUGACAGAGGUGUGCCGCUCGUGGAGAAUCAAGAGGCUUGUCUCACGACAUAUAUGCGAGUUGUGAAGGACCCGACAGGUGUUCUAUGGCACAGUUUCCAAAACUAUAAUUCCAAGAAGGAGACUGGUAUGGUUGGCCUUAGGAACCAGGGUGCAACCUGCUAUCUCAACUCCCUUCUCCAGUCUUUGUUUUUUACAAAUGCAUUCCGAAAGGCCGUAUACCAGAUCCCCACGGAUGAUGAAGCAAGCAAGAAGAACUGUGCUUGGACGCUUCAGCGUUUAUUCUACUCACUCCAGACGUGUGACACCCCCGUUGGAACUUCCGAGCUCACAGAGUCCUUUGGAUGGAAAUCCAGGGUAAUCUUUGAACAGCAGGACGUCCAGGAACUGUCUCGUUUAUUAAUGGAAAAGUUGGAGGAACAUAUGAAAGGCACACCGGCAGAGCUAGCACUCCCAAACCUUUUCGUGGGUAAGACGAAAACUUACAUCUCCUGCAUCAACGUUGACUAUGAAUCAUCGCGGAUAGAAGACUUCUGGGAUAUACAGUUGAGCGUCAAAGGGAACAAGACGUUAGACGAUAGUUUUAGGUCUUACAUCAACGUUGAGAUUAUGGACGGAGAGAAUAAGUACGAUGCGGGAUCUCCUCAUGGCCUACAGGAUGCUAGAAAGGGAGUCAUAUUCGAAAGCUUCCCGCCUGUCUUGCAUCUGCAUCUGCAACGAUACGAGUAUGAUUUUAACCGUGAUGCCAUGAUGAAAAUCAACGACCGACAUGAGUUUCCUGAGGAGUUUGAUGCGGCGCCCUAUCUUUCAGCGGAUGCAGAUAUGUCUGAGCCCUGGGAGUAUAAACUUUUCGGUGUCCUUGUUCAUAGCGGCGACCUUAACGCUGGCCAUUACUAUGCUUUCUUACGCCCAACGAAAGACGGCCACUUCUAUAAAUUCGACGACGAUAAGGUGAUUAGAGCGACCACCAAGGAGACUCUAGAAGAGAAUUUCGGAGGAGAGUAUGCCAACGGAGGAGGUGUGCGUCAACCUUAUACCAGAAACUAUUCGACCAAACGUUCGAUGAACGCAUACAUGUUGGUAUAUAUCCGGAAAUCCAGAAUUAACGAUGUACUCGUCGACGUUGUCAACGAAGAUGUACCCGUCCACCUUGCGAAACAAGUUGAUGAAGAGCGUGCCGAGGCCGUUAGAAGGAAGAAAGAGCGUGAAGAGCAGCAUCUUUAUAUAAACAUCGGCGUUAUAUCGGACGAGUCGUUUAAACAUCACCAUGGCUUUGAUUUGACGAGCACUGAUCUUGAUCCGGACGAUCCCGCGCUUCCUACACCCUACCGUGUCCGUCGCAAUAUGACAUGCGCUCAGUUUGCCAACCUAGUAGCAGAAGAUAGGGGGUUGGACCCUGAACGAAUACGUCUAUGGGCUAUGGUCAAUCGCCAGAACAAAACUAUUCGCCCAGAUCAGCCUCUACGAGAACCGGAUGACACAGUGGAAGACGCCGCACAGAAGCAAUCUUCAAGAGGCGCUCCGUUCCGAGUAUAUCUUGAGAUCGGGGAACCUGGGGAAAACGGAAAGGUGACCUGGCCCGAAACGCAAGGGCCGAACGCCUCUGUGCUCGUCAUAUUGAAACACUUUGAUGCUGCAACUCAAACGCUGUCUGGUGUGGGCCACGUAUUCGUCAAAAAGCAAUCCAGAGUAUCAGAGCUGGCUGGUCCUAUACUUGACAUAAUGAAAUGGCCGCCUGGAACAUCGUUUUCGCUAUACGAGGAAAUCAAACCUGCAAUGAUUGACCAGCUAAAACCCAAGCAAACAUUCCAGGCCUCAGAAAUUCAGGAUGGCGACGUAAUAUGUUUUCAACGAACACAAAGCGACGCAGAGUAUGACAUCUCACAUUCAACGCAGCUCAUGGCCGCUGCUGACCUCAAUUCAAAUAGACUCGGACCCAGCGUUAUCUACAAAGACGCAAGACAGUACUACGACUACCUACUCAACCGCGUAAUGAUAAAGUUUGCCCCUGUCAAAGCCGAAUCCGAAGAUGCAACGUUCACCCUAGCCCUCAGCCGCAAGAUGAAUUACGAACAAUUCUCUACUAAAGUUGGCGAACACCUAAAAGUCGACCCGACACACCUCCGAUUCGCCCCUGUUGCCACUAACACUGGAAACCCCAAACCAUUCAUUAGACGAAAUGUCGGUCAAACCCUCUCUCAGAUUCUUCAUACACAGUAUUCUGCGUAUGGAAACUCUGGGCAGAGGAGCGAUGCGUUGUAUUAUGAGAUUCUAGGAACCAGCCUGAGUGAAUAUGAGACUAAGAAACUGGUGAAAAUCACCUGGCUCCCCGAAGGGAUCAUCAAGGAGCAACCUCAUGAGCUACUGGUACCAAAGCAGGGUAAUGUCACCGACAUCCUUCAGGGUCUACAGCAGAAAGCUGGUCUAGAUGACGAAACCAUGGCCAACGUCCGCGUCUUCGAAGCACAUUACGGCAAAAUGCAGAAGGAACUGACAGAUAAAUUUUCCGUUGCUGGAAUUAUGGACUCUAUUUCCUUAUACGCCGAGCCUAUCCCAGAAGACGAACGGAAUAUGGAAGAAGGGGAUUUCAGGAUAAACGCGUUCAACUUUGAUAAGGAGCCGAACAGAGAACACGGCAUACCCUUCAAGUUUGUAGUGAAACCAGGCGAAAAAUUCGUUGAUACCAAGGAGCGUCUCUCUAAGAGAACAGGUAUCAGAGGCAAACAAUUUGAGAAGAUCAAGUUUGCAAUCGUAUCUCGUGCCAUGUAUUCGAACCCGACAUAUUUGGAAGAUGACGACAUUCUUGCCGAACUCGUCGGCGACUCCGAUAGCCAACUUGGACUUAACCAUGUAAAUAAAAACCGCAAUUUCUUAACCAAGAGCGACAAUAUCUUCAUUCGAUAG